AUGACGCAUCAGGACAUCUUCACAUAUGGACUAUUGACACCUACCCUGCCGUUUGCCUUGCCCAAUCGUGCCCACGUUCCGGCAAAAGAUGUGCAAACAUACACAUCUGUCGUUUUAGCUCUCGCUCCUGCAACAAUUGUGGUUACCGCACCACUCGCUGGAUGGCUUUCAGACCGUGCUGCACGCCGACGGCCACUUUUCAUAUCAGCAGUCAUCAUCCAGGCCAUAGCAACCGGCCUCUUCACCGAUGGAAGAUCGCUUGCUCUCUGGCUUUCGGGCGCAGUGCUAGCGGGAAUAUCCUCGGCAGUGGUUUGGUCGAGCAGUCUCGCCAUGAUACUUGAUCGAAUUCCCAAAGAAAACAUCGCGGAGUCCUUGGGCUACACCAGCCUCAGCCUUGGUCUGGGGAUCUUCCUGGGACCAAUUCUCGGCGGAGUGUUAUGGGAACAUGCGGGUCCGUACGCCGCCUGGGGUUUGUGCUUUGGAUUUCUCGCCAUAGAUCUCGCACUGCGACUCCUGGCGAUUGAGGAACCGCGAAGUCGCGAGGAUUCUGUGAGACAUGAGGACGAGGAGAAAGCUUCGGUCCAGUUUCUACCCGCUUUGCGUCUGUUAUCAUCUCCAAGGCUGCUCUGGGGACUAUGGGCAACUAUCGUGCAGGGGAUCGCACUUAGCGCCUUCGAUGCAGCUCUUGUCAUCUUCGCGAGGAACACAUUCCACUGGAAUUCAACGGCAGCCGGGCUUCUAUAUAUACCAUUCGUACUCCCAAGUUUCCUCAGUCCCUGGGUCGGACAAUUCGCAGACCGGCAUGGCGGAAGGCUGCUUGCAACAUUUGGGUUCCUGCUCGCUACCGUGGUUCUGACCUGCCUGCGCUUCGUGGACCACAACAGCAUCUCUCAAAAAGUCUUACUGUGUGCUCUACUAUUUCUCGCAUCCCUGGCCAUGGGUUCGACACUUUCGGUCUUUAGUGCGGAGGCCGCCCAUGUUGUGUUUGAAUAUGAAGAGGAGCAUCCAGGGUCUUUCGUGGCAAGAGUGCCAUUGCACAGGCCGAGGGUUGCUGGUGGGCUGCCUAUUCUCUUGGGACCGCUGUUGGACCCCUGUGGGGAGGCCUUGUACAAGGAGCUGCGGGUUGGAAAACAUUGA